GAGAGAGAGUGUGUGUGUGUGUGUCACAGAGCUCUCGAAGAAGAAGGUGAAGAAGAAGAAGAAGACGACGACGACUCCUCGGCGCUCUUCAGUUGAUUGAGGGUGGCGGCCUCUUCCUCCGUUCGCAGAACCCGAGGAUAAAGCAGCAAGAGGACGUCUUUUGAUGGCUUCCGCGUCUGGGCAGCCGCAGUUCAUCGCGAGCACGGGGAAUCACGGCUUCUACGAUGCCCCGUUGAUCCAGAACUCCGAAGAUCAGAUCGUCGUACCCGACAGGACGAGCUGGAAGAACAUCUUUGCAUAUAUUGGUCCAGGAUUUCUCGUAUCAAUAGCUUAUAUUGAUCCUGGAAACUUUGAAACGGAUCUACAGGCUGGAGCCCAAUACAAGUACGGGUUGCUUUGGAUCAUUUUGGUGGCUUCUUGUGCUGCUCUGAUUAUUCAGUCUCUUGCAGCCAAACUAGGGGUUGUUACAGGGAAGCAUCUAGCAGAACAUUUCAGGAUGGAAUAUCCUAAGUUGCCGAAUUUCAUAUUAUGGGUUCUCGCUGAAAUUGCUAUAGUUGCCUGUGACAUUCCUGAAGUGAUUGGAACUGCCUUCGCAUUAAACAUGCUCUUCAAGAUUCCAGUAUGGUGUGGUGUUCUAUUGACAGGGCUCAGCACAUUGAUGCUUCUAGCAUUGCAGCAGUAUGGGGUCAGGAAACUUGAGUUCUUAAUUGCUUUUCUUGUAUUAACAAUCGCGGCCUGCUUUUUUGGGGAGCUUGGCUAUGCAAAACCGGUUGCUAGUGAAGUCCUUGAUGGGCUUUUUGUUCCCCAACUAAAAGGAGAUGGCGCAACAGGUCUUGCAAUAUCAUUGCUCGGGGCUAUGGUUAUGCCGCAUAAUUUGUUCCUCCAUUCGGCGUUGGUGCUUUCACGAAAAAUACCACGAUCGGUUCGUGGCAUCAAAGAAGCUUGCAGGUUUUAUAUGAUAGAAAGCGCGUUUGCUCUCAUGUUGGCAUUUCUCAUUAAUAUCUCAAUCAUAUCCGUAAGCGGUGCAGUUUGCAACUCAACAAGCUUGAAUCCACAAGAUCAGGCUGGCUGCCAGGAUUUGGACUUGAACAAAGCCUCCUUUUUGCUAAGAAAUGUUUUAGGUCGUUGGAGUUCUAAACUCUUUGCAAUUGCUUUGCUGGCAUCGGGUCAGAGUUCUACCAUAACAGGAACAUAUGCAGGGCAGUAUGUAAUGCAGGGCUUUCUAGAUUUACGAUUGACACCAUGGGUUCGGAACUUUCUAACAAGAUGCUUAGCAAUAAUUCCCAGUUUGAUUGUUGCACUAGCUGGUGGCUCUGCAGGAGCUGGAAAACUAAUUAUUAUUGCAUCGAUGAUUUUAUCAUUUGAACUUCCUUUUGCUCUCAUUCCACUUCUGAAGUUCACCAGUAGCAAGACCAAGAUGGGGCAAUAUGCAAACUCAAUAGCGGUAGCUGCAGUCACUUGGAUGAUUGGUUCUCUGAUAAUGGGCAUUAACGUAUAUUACCUUGUGAGUGGCUUCGUUAAGUUGCUCCUUAAUAGCCACUUGAAACUCGGGGCCAAGGUUUUCUGCGGAAUUCUGGGCUUUUCGGGGAUGGCUGUGUACUUGGCUGGAAUCAUAUACUUGGUACUACGCAAGAAUAAGGAGGCUUCUCAUCUUCUGGCCUUGACAACAGCCGAAAGCUGGCAAUCGGACAAUGGACAAGGCGACGCAUCAAUGUUCAGUCACCCACGAGAAGAUAUAGUAAGUAUGCAGUUGCCUCAAAGGACUCGGGUGGAUCUUGACUAAUCAUUGUUGGGAAUGCAGAGAGAGAGAGAGCAGCUUUAACUUUCAGAAAUAAAGAUGAACAUAACAUUAGUCACUGUUGACUCUAAUAUGAAAUACCAAGGUUUUUCAUUUGUAAA